GGAGAGAGAGCAAGGGAGGGAGAAGAAACUGCCAUCAUGGGCACACCUCUGAGGAGGAAAGCCCCAGCUUCUGAGAUGGCUGAGGCAGAACUUCACAAAGAGAGGCUUCAAGCCCUUGCAGAAAAGCGAAAAAGACAAGCAGAGAUUGAAGACAAAAGGAGACAGCUGGACGACCUCGUUCUGCAGCUUCAGCAUCUCAGAUCUAAAGCCAUGAGAGAGCGGUGGCUGCUGCAGGGCACUCCAGCAGUCUCACCAGAGGAGGAGGACAGCCGCAGGAGACAAGUCGAACAAGACGAGCUUCAGGUCAAGAGGCUAGAGGACACCAUUCACAGAUUGGAAUCAGAGAUCGGUCUGUUGGAGAGUGAGGAAUCCCAAAUUUCAGCCAAAGAGCAAGUUCUCAGAGAGAGACUACGUGAAACAGAGAAAUCCAUUGAAGACCUGCAGAAAAGUCUCCAGAAUCAAGAUGGAGAUGCAGUGAAUUACGUCUGUUCCCAGAUCCCCAACUUCCCAGAGUUGAACUCCAAAAUUCCGGCCACAGCUUCUGGGGACGAGCAACUCCCAAGAAAACCUGCUUUGUACGCCAUGGAGAUCAAUGUGGAAAAGGACAGGAAGACUGGGGACACCAAGAUCCUCUCCACCUCUGCCGUGAGCCCUGAGGAGGCCCAACAACGUGGCGUCAAGGUCUAUGAUGAUGGAAGAAAGGUGAUCUAUGAGAUUCGCUCAGGGGCUUCCACAACACUUGAGAACGGUGUGCACCUCUGGAGCUCUGACGAAGUGGACGAGUUGAUGCAUCACGUAGGCCAGACACGCCAUAAAGGAAACGCAGGUCAGGUCGUUGUCACCCCUGUCCAGAGAGAGAUCCAUGAUGGUCCCUCAGCCACCAGGGAGCAGACAAUGCACAGGGAAGCCAAGCUGGAGAUGGUGCAAGGGCAGCAGGGCAAGUCACAAGGUUAUGAAGGUGAGGUGACAGAGGCACCUGAGGCCACAGCCGAGAAACCCGUCACGAUGAUCUUCAUGGGCUACCACAGUGUGGAAGACGAAGAGGAGACCAAGAAGCUGCUGGGCUUCGAUGGCACUAUCAAGGCAGAGAUUGUGUUGAUUGACGAGGAUGACGAGAAGUCACUCCGUGAGAAAACCGUCACCGAUAUCUCCACCAUGGAUGGCAACGCAGCCGACCUGGUGUCGGGCAGGCCCCUGUCCGACACUACCGAACUGUCCUCGGAGGGCAAGGAUGAAAGCUCGGCUAAGGAACUGCCAGCCACAGGUGCUGAGAAGGCUCGGUCAGUCUUACUCACUACAGAGAAUGGCCUCUACCCCACUGCUCCUCACAGAUCCUCUCAAACUCAGUCUGAACCGGUGCUCUCAGAUGAUGACAGUGAGCUGAAGAGAGAAAGAUCUCCAAAGAGUGUUAGUUUUUUAGACUCUGUAAGUGUAAUUACUGGAGGCCACAACAACAUGGAGCAUGAGGCUCAAGCUGAGAGUCAGCCUACCUCCUUUGCAGCCCAUGAUCAGAACGGUACAAAACCCAGAGGGGAGGGACUGGAUAGUGAGGUUGCCCAGGAAAUCCGCUACCUUGAUGAGGUGCUUGAAGCCAACUGUGCUGAUCCAGCAUCUGAAAUGACUUCAAAUGGGACUUGCUCUCCCGUGCCCAAAGCAAUAAGCAUUGAUGGGACUGGACCAUCUGUAGAAGUUACCAAUGUGUCACCCCCAGUGAACCACGAAGUUGUUGUCGAGGGAAAGAAACCAACAACUUUUGUGGGUGAAGACUUGCAUGAUGCCAAACCAAAUGGUCACUCUGGAAAGAUUGGACAGGAUAGCAAGAGGACACCAGAGGGGUCUAUGACGACAAUCAAAAAGGAGGCUCGAUUUGAGCUUAGAGCUUUCCAUGAAGAGAGAAAGCCAUCUAAGCUCUUUGACACCCCAACGGAAAAGGAAAUCCGUGUUAAGAAGGUCCGACCCUCUGAAGAGAUAGCAGAACUUGAGAGGGAACGGUUAGAGCUGAUCCGGGGUCAAGCAGUGAAGAAAAACCCAGGAAUUGCUGCGAAAUGGUGGAAUCCACCACAAGAGAAGACACUGGAGGAGGAGUUGGACCCAGAGCAACUGGAGUCACAUAGAAGGUAUGAGGAAAGGAAGCAAAGGAGACCUGAGGCCAACCGUGUGUCACAAACUUUAUCUAAGCAUCCACCUGCAUCUUUUAUUCCAGCCGAACAUGGUAAUAAGGAGGACAUUGUUAUGGAGCAGAUUGACUUCUCUGCAGCACGAAAACAAUUCCUCCAGAUGGAACACAGCAGAGAGUCUAGUGUCUCAAAGAGAAGUGUGGCUCCUCAGCUUUACUCUGCAAAACCCUUCAUCAGAGCCCCAGAGGUUACACAUAUUGAGAGGCCAAGCAGUUCCAUUACGGUUGCCAGUCAUGGACACACACGCCUGGAAGAUGGCAGUGAAGUGACGUCAGUUAAAAGUGAGAGAAUCUGUUGCAGCUCUGGUGACUCUCCUAAGGACAGCUUGGCUGAGAGUAAAACGAAGCAGGGCCAUAAGGCUUGGACAGAUGAUGGUGACUUCACCUGUGCCCAUGCAGUGAUGACCAUUCUUAAAGAUGAGGAUGCAGACAUGUACCAGCCUCAACAUUUAAUGAACAGCUCCUACCAGCCCGAAGAGAUUGACUCUGGACUGGAUGACCUGUCCCUUAGAUCUCAGGACACCACUGUACUAGAGACACUGUCCAAUGAUUUUAGCAUGGAUAACAUCAGUGACAGUGGUGCCUCCAAUGAGACCAUGAGUGCCUUCCUGGAGAACUCUCUGGGAGACUAUUCCUUCCCCUCCACCCCAAUGGCUACCACACCCAUCAGUGGAAAGCUGGGCAGUAGUACCAAAUCACUAGGUGAGCACAGUGAGUCACAUAACCUGACAGAGGAGGAGCUGGAAUACCAUGCAGGAAUCCUGGUCCAAAAUGCCAUCCAGCAAGCAAUUGCCCAACAAGGUGACAAAUGUGAGCUACUUAAAUCCACCUCAGAAUCUUCAGUUAUUCCUGGAAGGCAUGAAGUGGUUGUUGAACCAACACCUCCUCCACCAGAGGAGAGGCCUACCCAUACACCCCCUCCUGAAAUACUGUCCCCUGUUGAAGAGAAGAGGAGCCCGGCUCCCAAAAUCAUGGUUCAGUCCCCUGUGGUUCCAGCUGUCCCAGUUGUCCCUGUAAACACUUACAAACCUCCCAGUCCAUCCCCACCACCGAGUGAGAAGCCAGAGUUCAGCUAUUUCAGUAAGUACUCAGAGGCAGCAGAGCUCAGGAGCACAGCAUCUGUGACUCGUGCACAAGAUACGGAGGUCACCUCAGGGCCUUUUAAACUGCGUUCACGCAAGCAGCGAACCCUGUCUAUGAUUGAGGAGGAGAUCCGUGCAGCCCAAGAACGUGAAGAGGAGCUGAAGAGGCAGAGGCAGAUACAGACUCUGCACCCCAUCAUUAGCCACAAGCAAAAGACUAACAACCUACCCACCAAACUGGUCCUUACAGGAAAAACAGCACCAGGUAAAAUUGAGAAAAUUCGUGCAGUCCCACCUGCGUCACCUUGCUCAUCAGAUGGAGCCCUUCCUUCCCCUCUCUCUGAUCUGGGUAGUGAUGACUCUGGGGGCAGCCAGCGCCCUAAAAACUUCAUGCAGACUCUGAUGGAAGACUAUGAGACGCACAAAGUCAAGCGUCGGGACAAAGUUGAAGACAACAGUUUUUCUUUCUUUGCUCAGGUAUUGGAGGCUACACGAGUCACUCGUAGGAAAAGUAACAUGGCACUGCGAUGGGAGGCAGGCAUCUAUGCUAACCAGGAUGAAGCUGAGGAGGAAGAAGAGUAAGCUGUCCCCUCCACCCAAUAAGGAAGGAGGCAGUGAAAGGGGAAAGAUGAGAGGGAGUUUGAAAGAGAAAAAGAGAGAAGGAGUACACUUGGGUAAUCCCAUGUAUUUAUUUUUCCCACAAGUUUAUAUUACAAGCACAAUUUCACUGAUCCACUCACUCUGCAGUGGAGCUCUGCUGAGCACCUGACCAGUUGGAGACGCGUGGCUUUCAGACACCAGCCACUGGGAAAGAACACCAGACCAUGACGGCGAACACCAUAUGUCCAUCUCUGGUGUUUUUUUUUUGUUUGUUUGGUUUUUUUUUACAGAUUUCCCACUAACAAGCCUCUCCUUUUGAUUUUAAUAUUUAUCAAGUAUAUGGGAAUGUGCAACGAUAAGAUUGAUAAUGAUAAUGUGUUAAUGGGAUAGCUUUAUGGCUGAGUGUUAAAUUCAUGAAUAUACACCUGCCAAGUAAUCCUAUGGAAAGUCUAUGGAAGGGCAUGUUGUUUUAAAGGGUUCUUUUUUGUUUGUUUGUUUGUUUGUUGACUGACUUUUUGUUACAUGACAACAGUGAACUAUCACAGUUAGGAAUUAUACUGAGGUGGAUUCAAUUUGAUAUUUGCUUGGGUUUUUGAAUGAAAUUAUUAAUGCAGGCAUUGUUAUUCUAUUCAACCUUAUACCUUGGCAAAAGGUUACCUAUUAUUCAUUAAAUUAGAUAAUAUUGUGCAAAAAUAGGAUGUGCAUAAAGUUAUGGCCAACACUGUUUUCAGUGAUAUUUUUUAAAUCUUGAAACAUAAGCAAGGCUAUUUGUAUUCAGUUGAAUGGCACAUUAUUAUAUACAGUACUUCAGUGUAAGGCAUUUGCCACAAAAGGUUUGAAUCCACUGAAUGCUGUGGGAUUAUAGGAAGAAUUUUUGUGAGACACUGAAAGUGAGGAUAGUUUACUUUAAAGGAAACAUGAUAUUAUACAGCUGUAAUUCAACAUGAAAGACCAUGUGAAACAACACUAGAUUCUUUAGACUCAUGAGGACCGACUCAUUCACUCUUAGUGACAUACCAUUACCAGAGAACAGAGAGAAAAGGAUAUUGUUAAACAACCUGCCAGAGGGAAAUUCCAGUCUAAAAGCAGUUGCAUAGAAGCUAACUAUGCAUCCUCUAUCAACACAACAUGGGAGACAUGUGCAGAGGAAAAGGAAGAAGCCAAGAUAUAAUCGCUGAUAAUGGCUUGUAAAAUAAAGCCACCUGUUGUUAGCUUAGCGUGCCAGCAAACUUCGCUCUGCAGGCUUGGCAGUUAAAUCAAUACACAUUUACCAUUCACCAUUGUGAAAUCACAAUUCACUAGGAAUUCAGAAAAGAGCUAGAAUAUGAUGCAUCAAUAUUGUGGCUCUUAUGAUGAGGUCAGCUGGGCCUGAGGAUUUGGGAGAAUGUUAUAAGAAUCAGGCUUUCCCAUCUUAUGGUGGAGCUAAGAACCAUCUCACUUGAUACACUGGUAUCAUUUGAGUUUUCCCUCUUUUUUCCUGACUUAAAAUACAAUUUGUAAAUGCAAUAAAUAACAUUGAAUAAGGUGGAUAUAUCUUUUGCUGUAAAGAUUUAAGGCUGUCCUGGUAUGCUGCAGUAUGCUGAAGUCUUUAUCAUCAAAAUGAGUCAAUCAUGAAGAGCAGGCCUUUCUCACUUCCAGUUUAAUACAAACCAAAGUAUGUAAAUUGGGAGUCAUUUAAGUUUUCGAACUCUUCAGUGGAUGUGCCUAUCAUGACAAUCUGUGGAAAUAUCCAGGAGAACAAUGUCAUAUUUGGAUACAUUUUGGAGAAACUCUCUGAAUGACAGUUGUGGAUUUCCUGCCUUCUUCUAACCAAGGGCCUUUGUCAACCCACAAGAUUUCUAUCCCGUAAGGAGUGACACCAUAGGAUCAUUAUUAUUUGGCACAUGUGUUGUAACAGAACUCUGCUUGUCUUUUGAUAUGCAUAUAAUAUAUAUCAAAAAGUAUUUAAUGGACAACUGUUCUUUUAUGAGAGUAAGACAAUGUGUGUUUGUAGUAUCUGGAUUAGAUUGACACAUACUAGUCAGCUGAAUUUCCUUUUAAGACAUAGCCAAGUUUUUGUUUUGUUUUUUCCCUAAAGCUUUCAAUUUGUUCUGAUGGAAAAAAGAGAUAAGAAACUUUACCAAAGCAACAUUGUUCGGUCGAUAUGUUUCCAAAGUUAUGCAUUCCUGAUCAGAGAAGGUUUGGUUGAUGUAUCAUUAACAGAUGGCUAUUAAAAAGGGGGGGCAGUCUUUGUUGUUAUAUGGACAAUAAGAAACAAUAUAAAUUUCUUGUACUAUUAUUUUAAUUUUUGGAUGUGAUAUGAAGGCGGUUAAGUAAGGAAUGUUUCUUUUUGAAGAUUGUGAGUGAUUUCUAUUAGGUUCUUUGAUGUGGAAAAUUAGUAUUGGGUGAUAAUCAAAUAUCUGAACUUUUUAUGAUGAAAAUAUUUUUUAUUUGUGAAGCAGGAAUGCUUGCAGGAAUAUUUUACGAUGCAGGAAUAUUUACAGUGUAUCUAUGGAUGGAAAAUAGUUUUGUGAAGGUUGGAUUUAAUACUAUGUAUGCACAUUUAUGCAAGAUAUAUAAACUACUUUGUGAGUGUGCAUGUAUGUGCGUGUGUGUGCAUGCAUACGUGCGUGCAUGUGUGUGUGUGUGUGUGUGUGUGUUUGGAGACAUAUUCUUCAGUACAGGGAAGCUAGAGGGUUUUUAAAAUGCCAUGUUCUGCAACACCUUAGUAAGGCCUCUCUGGUUGUCCCCGGAUGUCCGCAGGAGUAUUUUGCAUGAGGAACAAGAGCAACAUGGAUGUUGUGUGGCUGAAGUUAUGAGCUCUUUAAUUGCCAUAUGUAUUGGAGAGAUUUGAGAAGUGGUUUAUAUUAGUGAAGAAUUGCUUUAAAGGGAUGUAGAGUUCACAGGUAGCAUAAUGUAAUUAAGGUAUGAGUGAUGUUGCUGAAUCAUUUCAAUUUCAGAAGAUCAUUUAUGUAACUCAAAGGAUAUGAAUUCCAUAAAUGGCAACUUUGUUCAAAAUUAUUUGAUAAGGAAUGGAUCCUCUUUCAUUUAGCGUGAUCUAAUUCUAAUGUCAAUCGACCAGUCAACCUGAAAUGUUUCAUUAUAUUGUUUUUGUGACACUGAACAAUGGCCAAACUUGGUACGUACUGACUAUUGGUUAAGUUUGAUUUCCUCAGAAAUGAAAUAAAAUUGAAUAUCACUAGUGGGUCUAAUCCAUCCUAUAUCACCACUAACUAAAAAGAAAUACAAAGUAAAGCUAUGGUAUGCUGUAAUCCAUCACUAGUGCAUAGAGUAUCCUUAGAAAAGGGCUUUGCCCUCUCGUGUUAUUUACAAACUCUGCUGUGCAAAUGCAGUUUUGGUCUUUUCAGAGUGCCAUGUACAUGCAGCAAUAUGGCACCAGUCACUCAUAAAAUCACAGUCCAUACAGUAGUAGACCUGCCAAUCAACUGGGGAAUAUCUGUAGCUCCACAAGUAUUUACCUCUCAUGUCAUCUAUCAGUCCCACUCCCUCCACAGCUGAGAAUAGCAUAAGCUUCGUAUAUUUGAAGUUACAUACAACACAGAACAAAAAAGAUGCAGAAUGGUUUGUUAUGCUUUUGUUGUUUAAAAUAAUGCUGAUUAUAAUAUUAACCAGUGUAAUCUAGAACACUCACUCUGUUUGCAAAGCCCCAUCUCAUUGUAUUAAGCUGACAGCUGACAGUUUCAGCCGUUAGCUAUUCACUUUGGGAUAUAUGAACAGACAUUUUGAAAUGAACCCAAAUGACAUGAUGUUCAAAGUGUCUAUCUGUUGAUAUGUUAACCACUUAUUGUAUGUUCAUAUUCUGCUUAUAUAUUGUUUUAUAGUAAUUGU